AUGCCGUUAUUCUUGCCGAUGCAGUUAUUGAAGGAGCUGGCUGAACAACUGACGUUCAGCCAGCUCCUGAGCUCAGGAGGCGCUAAAGUGCCUCGAAUAGGAGUUUCCCUCAAGCGGAAAAAACGGUGGGCUUAUCGUCCCCGAGACAAGCUAAUUGAGGGGAGACCCGUGCUCGGCUUGUGUGGCCGCUCUCAGCCGCUCCACCGCAAAAAUCGAAGCGCUGUGGUCCUCGGUCAGGACUGGCUCUUACGAGAAUGGAGGCAGCGAGUGACAGAAUGGCGGCGGCUCAGUAGUGGAGAGUCGCGCGAGCGGAGCACACGCGUGCAGCCUCCGCGCCGUGACUCAUCCGACGCGACGAGACCUUACGGGCGCGGUGAAUACCUGCGGCGGGCCGCGAAAAAACGGGCCGCUUAUCGCAUCAACGGUGACGCAACGCGCGGGAAAAUAUCUCGGAAAGCCCAUCAGCUGACACCGACGCGGAUUGCGUCGACGCAGGCGGGACACACGGAACGGCGCGCGCGCCGCGAUGCUCUCGCUUUCCGACGGUCCCGCCAAAAAACUAGCGAUGUGACUCAUUUAAAA